AUGGCACAUUUCGACUGGCGGCUGACAAUUCGCGCAAAUAUUUUUACCCUGAGGAUGAUGGGCCUGUGGCCGAAACACAACAAAAAAUACGAAUUCAACUUGUACCUUCUCUACGCCUUCGUCGUUAUAUUCUUUUUUGCAGUCGUACACAUACUUACUCUAGCAAUCAAUGUGUUUUUCAUCUACAACAACUUCGAUGCAUUAAUGAAAACAACGUAUAUUCUUGUAACCGAACUUCUGAGCCUGGUAAAAAUCUAUUUUUUCACUAAAAACAUCCAAAUUGUCAAGCAGUUACUGACAAUGUUAGACAAAAAGCCGUUUCAGCCCCGAACAGUCAAACAAAAAGUUUUAAUCGAAAAAGACUUGAAGCUGUGGACACAGAUGUAUUCGAUGCUUUGGGUGUCCUGCAUCGCAGCCUUACUGUUUUGGGCGAUUUUUCCCAUCUUGGAUGGGUCUUAUCGAGAAGGUCAGUUACCUUUCCUUGCUUGGUACCCCUUCGAUUUUGGAGUAACACCAAUGUAUCAAAUUACUUACGUUUAUCAAAUUUUGAGCACGUCUGUUGUGGCGAUGUGCACUUCAAAUAUUGAUACGUUCCUAGCAGCGCUGAAUUUAUUCGCAGGAGCUCAGUUUGAUGUUUUGUGUGAUAAUUUAAAACAACUUAAUUUGUGUGAAGAUGACUCGAAAAGUAAAGAAGACUUAAAAAUUUGCUUUCAACACCAUCGCGAAAUUUUGAGUUUCGGGGAAAGUAUUAAUAAAUUUUUAGACUGGAUUGUGUUUUUUCAAUUUUUUGCUAGUGCUGUGACUAUAGGACUGGCCAUGUUUCAGUUGACUGUCAUUGCUCCAUUUUCUAGUGAAUUUUAUUCAGUCAUAUCAUUUGGGGGUGCAGUCAUUGUAGAGAUAUUCAUGUAUUGUUGGUAUGGCAACGAACUGACACUGAAGAGUAGGAACCUGGCUUACGCAAUUUUUGAAGCCGAUUGGUCAAUGGCUAGUAUCGAAUUAUCCUUGGAAACUUUUAUAAAGGUGACAUACUUAUUUUAUCUGGCUUAG